UCUUAAUCUUUUCCUCAUGCUCUUCUUCCCUGUUCUUGAAAUUUUCAUCCUUAUUUAUUAAAAAAACAUUUAGCUUUACUCCUAACCAAAGGAUGAACACAGGAGUCAGCCCUGUUGUUGAUCAAGACUUUCUGAAUCAGCUUGAGAGAUAGGGAAACUGAGGCCCAGGGUUGGAUGUCUCACCCAGUGAAGAAAAGAUGGAGUUUGAACUUCAACACAAACUCUGUGAACCCUAAACUCUGUAACCUAAGCAGGUACCCAGGAGCCUUCCACAACCCACAGGAAAUGCUACCAGGGGUUGAGCUGAGGGAAAAAUGGAGGGACUGGAAAUAUGAAGAAAGGGGAAUGGCCCCUGUAGAUUUCCUUGGGUGAAUUUGAUUCACUUUUAUCCAGGUGGGAGAUUAUAGGUUAUAUAACCCCUCCCCUCAAUAAUGCAGUCUCUUUCCUGAUGGUAUCCAUUCCCAGAAAACUUGAAUCUCAGGGUGAUCAGAUUUCAGAACAAGCUGAUCUCUCAGAACCUAUUUAUGCAGGACCUGGGACCCAGGACACUAUCUAACCUGGCGCCAUGGAACUGGGAGGGGCCUUCACCAUUUUUCUGGCACUCUGCUUGUCUUGCCUGCUCGUCUUCAUUGCUUGGAAACAAAUCAACAAGAGGGGAAUGCUCCCCCCAGGUCCCACACCGAUUCCUUUCUUGGGGAACCUGCUCCAAAUCAGCCCUAAUGCCCCUUUUCAAUGUCUCAUGAAGCUCCGGAAGAAGUAUGGCCCCAUGUUCACUGUGUACCUGGGCCCGCGGCCAGUAGUUAUUUUGUGUGGACAUGAACUGGUGAAGGAGGCUCUGGUAGACCGAGCAGAUGAGUUCAGUGGCCGUGGAGAAAUGGCUACAUUAGACCAAAACUUCCAAGGUCAUGGUAUAGCUAUGGCCAAUGGAGAACGAUGGAAGAUUCUUCGACGUUUUUCUCUGACCAUCCUGCGGGACUUUGGGAUGGGAAAGCGGAGCAUUGAGGAGCGGAUCCAGGAGGAAGCUGGCUACCUGCUGGAGGAAUUCCGGAAGACCAAGGGUGCCCCCAUCGAUCCCACCUUCUUCCUAAGCCGUACUGUUUCCAAUGUCAUCAGUUCGGUUGUCUUUGGAAGCCGCUUUGACUAUGAGGACAAGGAAUUCCUAAACCUGCUGCGGAUGAUCAAUGAGAGCUUCAUAGAGAUGAGCACCCCCUGGGCACAGCUCUAUGAGAUGUACUCAGGAAUCAUGCAAUAUUUGCCAGGAAGACACAAACACCUCUACUAUAUGAUAGAGGAUCUUAAGGACUUUGUUGCAUCCAGAGUGAAGAUCAAUGAGGCAUCCCUUGACCCCCACCAUCCCCGAGACUUCAUCGACUGCUUCCUCAUCAAGAUGCACCAGGAAAAAAAUGAUCCCCACACAGAAUUCAACCUCAAGAAUUUGGUUCUUACCACGCUCAACCUCUUCUUUGCGGGCACAGAAACAGUGAGCUCCACACUACGCUAUGGAUUUUUGCUGCUAAUGAAGCAUCCUGAAGUGGAAGGUGAGUGUCCCCCCCCGAAAUGGCCCAUCCUAUCUGGAAAACGCAUCUGCCUGGGGGAGGCCCUGGCCCACAUGGAACUCUUCCUCUACCUCACCUCCAUCCUUCAGAACUUCUCUUUACGUUCACUAGUCCCCGUGGCAGACAUUGACAUCACUCCCAAGAUGUCAGGCUCCGGCAACAUCCCCCCAACUUACAAGCUCUGCCUUGUGGCCCACUGAGCGCCCCCUACUGGCCAGGCAAGACCAGUCUGAGAGCUGAGCUCUUCCUCUUGCUCCCCAACUCACCCACCCUCCUCAUCUCUCCAAAUUCUCCCCAUAACCCUAAGAGAAGGCACUCUCACUACUGUGAUGGGACCAUAGGUCAGAGGAUGACAUCCAAAAACACACAGCUGUAUGUCUUUGUUUUAGAAAAGCAACAAACUGCCCAACAUCUGGCACAAGCCCGUAGGUGUAAGUUCACAGUUUCCUCUGCCUUGUUUCUGGUUGCAACAAACUUCUGUAGAUUCUGUCUUUAUGUUGUUCCCUUGCCUGAGCCCUGAUAGUGAUCAUAAUAUAGUUCACGAUCUUUUCUGGUUUAUUUUGAUGUGCAUUUCCCCCCAAUAAAAUCAACACAGAUCUCAAGACUGUUACAUAUAGGAAAUUUAUUGUGCAUUGUGUGAAACAGUAUAUAAAGCACAGAAAACCACCUGAAGUGAGCUUUUGGACUUCCUUAUCACUGGUCAUCUUCUCUGAAAGCCCCAUCUCCAGGGACUCCUCCCUGGUUGGGCCACCACACGUGACAUUCUAGCCUUCAGC